AUGUUAAAGGACUCACACCUGUUCUCCAAGGGUUAUCUGCUACGGACCCCCGGCUGCUCGCUUCCGCUCUACGACUCCUAUCACUGGACCGUUGGCCUCUCGUUAGCCCAAGAUGUCCCGUACGAAAGGACGUGCUCGAGCCAAAAGCCCACUGUCCUUGUCCAGCAGUACGACCGCCUCACCCUGAACGCCAGUGCUCUUCGUCGCAACUACAAUGUAUCUGAGCGGUACACCACAUGUUACUACCGCGAGGUAUUUCGGAAUGAAGCUGCUCUGGAGCCCGACAAAACGCCGAGGCUCGGACCAGCAGUACCACUGACCCUUGGGGUUAGCCUCAGCGCUGAGUACGUGCGUGUCACGUGCAAUGCGUACGGUAAAACUCUCUUCAGUGAGUACUUUCUUCUGCCUCAGCCGAAGCCCCUCGCAACAAAUGAAGCGGAGGCAAACGAAAGAUCACCAGGGGAUGACAGGACGAUUAGCGUGCUAAUCCUAGGUCUUGACUCGACAUCCAGGAUGAACUUCCAUCGCCACAUGGUCAAGACGGGCCAAUAUCUCAAGGACGAACUGGGCGCGUUCGAGUUUCUUGCGCUUAACAAGGUCGAAGAAAAUUCUUUUCCCAAUUUGAUUCCCCUUCUCACAGGAAUGGCCGGCUCUGAAGCGGAAAAUAUAUAUAGACGAUAUGGAAAAUUCGAUGUGCUCCCGCUUGUUUGGAAGACGUACAAGCUCAAAGGUUAUACGACGCUGUUCAUGGACGAAUGGCAGGCCGCAGGUACUUUCUUCUACCCAAAUUAUGCUGGGUUUAUGCGCGUGCCUACCGAUUACUGCCCAACUUCUAUCCUUCGGCUGAUGGAGGACGAAGGCGGGGCCGAAAUAAGGUGCAUGGGUUCUCGCCUAAAGACGACAAUACUGGUCAAGUACCUAGCCGACGUGUUGAAACUCAAUCGCGAGAGGCCAAUGUUCUCGUUCGUCUGGUUCUCGCACGUCACUCAUGACAGCGUAAAUGGACUGCAGCUCAUGGACGAACCACUGGAGGCUUUUCUCAGGGAACUGUCGGCGUACGGAAUCUUGGAAAACACUGCUCUGCUGUUCAUGAGUGACCAUGGCUUGCGCAUGGGUGACAUCAGGGGGACCGAGAUAGGUCGCUACGAGGACAAGAACCCCUUCUGUUUCCUAGCGCUACCGAACCGCUUUCUGGCGGAUAACCCGGUGGCUGCCGCCCAGUUACAAGUGAAUCAGCGCCGCUUGAUCACCAAUUACGACCUGCACGCCACGCUGAUCGCCCUGUCCAAAUUGCCCGAACUUGACACGAACUCUACCGAAAAGGGUUUGAGUCUCUUCGGCCCGAUACCACCGGAGAGGACGUGCACGGACGCUUACAUACCACGUCAGUUCUGCGCUUGUAAUGACGCGAGCCGGAAGCUGAACGAUCCCGAGGUGUCGCUGUCCUUCGCACGCCAUGCCGUGGCCCACAUCAACGCUUUGGCGGAGCUGCACUUUCAGAACAGCUGCGUCGUCUGGCAGCUCGGCAGCGUCGACGACGCCUUGAUUCUCGGAGACUUCGCGGCCAGCGCGGUGCAACUCCGGAUGCAGAUAACCAUGGUGCCGGCGGCGGUCUUCGAAGUGUACGGUACUCUCGGUAACCUGUCCUCGUCGGAGAAGCGCGUGAACCUAGUACUGAGGCUCGACAAGUACGGCAACCAGACCACGUGCCUGCCAAGGAAUACUACGCUGUGA